CGGAACACAAGUGUUCCCUAACUGGUGCUUGGGAACGAGGUAGAAGGAGUGUGCUUCCAUGUGAUUGCCGGCUGAACCGCGCUGCAGUCUCUGCUGCAAGUUGUCCUCUUCGGGUUCCUGCGGGAAGGGGACCACUCGGUACCUGGGUCAGGGGGCAGAGUGUGGCACAAUGCCAGCCUCCUCUCUAUGCCCUGGCCUUUCAUUUCUUCCCCAUUUGAGUCCUUUGUUAAUUGAUGUGCCUGUGACUAUUGGCUGAAGUUCUCCCAGUGAUUUGCAUGAACGGAGAGGGAGUGUCUUCUGCUGCUCUCACAUCAGUAGCUAAAUGACUGCAGUUUCACUGGGAAUGAACUGCCCAGGGAAUGUGAGGCGCUCACGAACCCUAGGAGUCAGCUGGCUGCCCGGGAACAGGCAGCAGCCUCUGGAUAUGGGGCAUCUCAACGGUCCCAGGAGCAGCAGCAGUCGGAGGAACCUGCCGCAUCUGUUACUGUUUUUCCUCUUCGUGGGACCUUUCAACUGCUUCGCAAGUUACAGUCGAGCCACGGAGCUCUUCUACAGCUUGAACGAGGGGCUACCGGCAGGAGUACUCAUCGGAAGCCUUGCUGAGGACCUGCAGCUGGUUCCCCAGGCAGCAUCAGCAGAAGCAGCAGUGGCAGCAGGGAGUGAGGAAGACCAACAAUUACACCACCACCAUCACGGAGAGGAAUGGGAUCCCCCUCUUUCCUUCAGCUUGGCAUCCCAGGGGCUGGGUGGCCAAUAUGUGACCCUGGACAACCGUUCGGGGGAGCUGCACACUUCUGCACAGGAGAUCGAUAGGGAGGCACUAUGUCUUGAAGGAGGUGGGGGAGGCGGAGGUGGUAGAGGCGGGAGGAGUGGCGUCUCAGUCUCCUCCUCACCUUCCUCAGAAUCUUGUGUCUUGCUUCUGGACGUGCUGGUACUGCCUCAGGAAUACUUCAGAUUUGUGAAAGUGAAAAUUGCCAUUCGGGACAUCAAUGACAAUGCUCCUCAGUUCCCUGUGUCCCAAAUCUCUGUCUCGGUUCCUGAAAAUGCACCUGUCAACACCAGACUGGCCAUUGAACAUCCAGCCCUGGACCCAGAUGUGGGCACUAAUGGGGUUCAGACCUAUCGCCUCUUGGACUAUCAUGGUGUAUUUACCUUGGAUGUUGAGGAGAAUGAGAAUGGAGAGCGAACCCCAUAUCUAAUUGUCAUGGGGUCAUUAGACAGGGAGACUAGAGACCAGUAUGUAACCAUCAUCAUAGCAGAAGAUGGUGGCUCUCCACCUCUCAUGGGGAGUGCCACUCUCACGAUUGGCAUCAGUGAUAUUAAUGACAAUUGUCCUCUUUUCACAGACUCACAGAUCAAUGUGACUGUGUAUGGAAAUGCAACGGUGGGCACUCCUGUGGCAGUUGUCCAGGCUGUGGAUAGAGACUUAGGUGCCAAUGCUCAGAUCACCUACUCCUACAGCCAGAAGGUUCCACAGGUAUCAAAAGACUUAUUCCACCUAGAUGAAAUCACUGGAAUCAUUAAACUCUUCAAAAAGAUUGGAGGCAAUGUUCUCCCACUACAUAAGCUCACUAUACUUGCCAAUGGACCAGGCUGCAUUCCAGCUGUAAUCUCUGUCCUGGUGACCAUCAUCAAAGUAGUUUUUCGUCCACCUGAGAUAGUUCCUCGUUAUAUUGCUAAUGAAGUUGAAGGAGUUGUUUACUUAAAGGAGUUGGAACCCAUCAACACUCCAGUUGCAUUUUUUACUAUCAGAGACCCAGAAGAUAAAUAUAAAGUGAAUUGCUACCUGGAUGGAGAUGGACCAUUCAGAUUAUCUCCCUAUCAACCAUACAAUAAUGAAUACUUGUUAGAAACCGCAAAGCCUUUAGACUAUGAGACACAACAGCACUAUGAGAUAACUGUGGUGGCCUGGAACUCUGAGGGAUUUCAUGUUAAAAAGGUGAUUAAAAUACAAAUUCUGGAUGACAAUGACAAUGCACCUGUGUUCACUCAACCAUUGAUAGAACUAUCUAUUGAAGAAAAUAAUGGGCCAAAUGCCUUUCUGACAAAGUUGCAUGCCACAGAUGCUGACAGUGGAGAGAGAGGUCAAGUUUCUUAUUUCCUUGGACCUGAUGCACCAUCAUAUUUUUUGUUAGACAAGAUUACAGGGAUUCUGACUGUGUCCACUCAGCUGGACAGAGAAGAAAAAGAGAAGUACAGGUACACAGUAAAAGCAGUUGACUCUGGAAUACCACCUCGAGAGUCAAUAGCUACAGUUGUUAUCACUGUAUUGGAUAAAAAUGACAAUAGCCCUAGGUUUAUCAACAAGGAUUUCAGCUUUUUUGUGCCAGAAAAUUUCCCAGGAUUUGGUGAAAUUGGAGUAAUCAGUGUCACAGAUGCAGAUGCAGGGCGAAAUGGAUGGGUUGCCCUUUCGGUGAUGAACCAAAGUGAUAUUUUUGUCAUAGACACUGGAAAAGGCAUGUUGAGAGCAAAAGUCUCCCUGGAUAGGGAGCAACAAAGUUCCUAUAUUUUAUGGGUUGAAGCUGUUGAUGGGGGUGAACCUGCCCUCUCCUCUACUGCAAAAAUAACAAUUCUUCUUCUUGACAUCAAUGACAAUCCUCCUCUUGUCCUGUUUCCUCAGUCAAAUAUGUCUUAUUUAUUGGUCCUACCUUCUACUCUACCUGGCUCACCAGUUACAGAAGUCUAUGCUGUUGACAAAGACACUGGUAUGAAUGCUGUCAUAGCUUAUAGCAUCAUAGGAAGAAGAGGUCCUCGGCCUGAAUCCUUUAGGAUAGACCCCAAAACUGGUAACAUUACUUUGGAAGAGACAUUGAUGCAGAAUGAUUAUGGGCUUUACCGCUUGCUGGUUAAAGUGAGUGACCAUGGUUAUCCUGAGCCCCUCCACUCUACUGUCAUGGUAAAUCUAUUUGUCAAUGACACUGUUAGCAAUGAGAGCUACAUUGAGAGUCUAUUGAGAAAAGAACCUGACAUCAGCAUAGAGGAAAAAGAACCACAAAUUUCAAUAGAACCUACUCACCGAAAAGUGGAAUCAGCCUCUUGUGUGCCCACUUUAGUUGCCCUGUCUGUGAUAAGUUUGGGUUCCAUCACAUUAGUCACUGGGAUGGGAAUAUACAUAUGUCUAAGGAAGGGGAAAAAGCAUCACCGGGAAAAUGACAAUUUGGAAGUACAAAUCCCACUGAAAGGAAAGCUUGACUUACAUAUGAUAGAGAGGAAACCAAUGGAGAUUUCUAAUAUUUGAUGUUUCCAGGGGAAAAACUCAGACAGAUGUUUGGCCUUGGACAGGCCCCAAGCAUAAUCAUAGGUGUGCUGAUUGGCAGUUCCAAUGAAGGACAAAUAAUUUAUAACUUAUAUUAUAUUGUAAAUAACUGUUUACAAGUUUUAUAAAACUCAAAUUCAGGUCUUAUAAAAUGUGUACAGCAUUUUUUAAAAUGAAAAGUUAGUAUUAACAGUUAGUGUACUGCUGAUAAACGGCUUUCCAUCAUUUGCAGCUUUCAUAUAUCAGUCAGGUAGGUCACUGAACAAAAAAGAAAGGGUAAGGUAAAUAGAAGUUUAAGUCUAAGAAGUUAUUUUAACCACAAGAGGGCAUCAGUCACUCCUAUGCAGGAAGGUGUUUGAGAUAUUAUACAUGACAGGUAUUGUAUAUGAAAAUAAUGACAAAGUAUAUUUUAAAUACAUUGUUUUGAACAUAAAAUAUAGAUAAAUCUAAAAUAAAUUAAGAUUUUGUUCUACUUGUAUGUAUGAUAAUGAAAGGAGAAGAAAUGCACUGGUAAAAUGGAAUGUUUAUUACCUCACAAAAAUAACAUGUACAGUAUGGUAGAGAAGGCAUUAACAAGAAGUGCAAUUUCUUUUCAGCAAGGAUAGAAAACAUUGCUAUGUAAUGAAAAUCUGAGCUGCUGAAUAGUGUUCUUUUCACUUCCUCUCAACUCCGGUAGCUUUCUGUUUGUUUUAUCAUUUUGCUUGCCAUUUUGGGGGUGGGGGAAGCAUUUACCCUUUCUUGAAGAAGAUGUAAAUGAAACAAUUGUGCCCGUGUCCAGCCAGAUACAAAGGGAUGUUUUGACCCUUAGUUGUCUCAUAGCUGUUGAAAAAAAUUUUGUGCUUCCUCAACUUGUCUGCUGUGCUUCUUAUUUGAGUUACAAAUUAGAUUUAACAUGCUUUCUCCAUUUCAGCUGUCAUAGGAAAAAAAUAGAAAUCACUUAAAAUAUUAGUAAUUUCAGAAGCUAAUUCACAUGGAAUCCUAGUUAUUCAGGACUGAUAUUUCACAUGGGAGAUUUAUUAUUAUAGUUAUUGUUGUUGUUGUUGUUGUUGUUUAGGUUAACUGGCUACUAUUUCUGGCUUUUGUUCUUUGGUUUUGGAUUAGGGCCAAGAGCUGCCUUUUAAGUCUGGUGGCAGAUUUCUGGGAUAAUUUAUUCUUUACUACAUCCUUUGCAAUGUAAGCAGCAGGUUCAUCAUUGAUGAAUCCCUUUCACCUCAUUGUGCAAGCUGAGAAAAAAAAAACUUUCAUGUGAGGAUUAUGGCAAAUAUAUCUAUGUAAACAAGGAAAAUGUGUCAGCUUAAAAAUGGGUCAUUUUACUUUCCAGCAUCUUAUGUCUGAUUGUACCAAAAGUGUUUAUAUGUCUGCAAAUUAAAGCUAUAUAUUUUCAUAA